UUUUCUGCCGGGGAUGGGCCAGAUUGGGAAGGGCGGUACGAGGGUGAGACUUGGUGUUGGUGUUUUGGAACAUCAAAGAUGGACAGGGUUUUCGCGGAGGUCGCUCCUCGGAUAUCUCCACAACUACAGGUCGGGGGUCUUCCAAAAUCGAGAAGAUUGGUGCAUAUGGCUAGGUCACUUCACCUUACAAUUUGUAUGGCACUCUGGCCCGGGGUUGUGGUGUGGUAGGGGAGAACGGGGGAUAAUCCCACACAGGAGCUUCGAACAACGUCCGGUUCACGUUUGGCUGGAUAACUCCACCACCACACGGGGUAUGCGGUCGGCGAUGGGGUCAAAAUGCUCGUAUGAUCGAGGGCUUUUCGAUGGAUCUAUCGGCGGGUUCUUAUUCGAAAAAUCGAGCGAGUUCGUGGUGGAGCGGUUGAAUAGAGAUGUACACAUUGCUUGUGAAGAGCUUCAUAACCUCUUGAAGAAUAAUGUUAUUGUGUUGUAA